CGCAGUGUUUCCAUUUGAGUCUAUUUGUUAUUCAACCUCAUGUUUUUGUUGUCGACAUUCGAGAUUCAGUCCGAGUAGCGCGGACAUAUCCUCCACCAGUUUGCUACAACGACUUCAUCUUUACGAACCUUGCCAUUAAGGGAAUCCCUUGAAGCCUUCCCUCUUGCUCAGGAGGCAUGUUGGCUCCGCCAUGGACAAUGCCACCUUCCGUAUUGACACCGUCCUGUCAGACGUACACCUAUUGCUGCCCAACGCUCAACAUCUCAUGACCCGCCUCAAUGCUGUCGCCCAACCAGUCUUUGUCUCCAAGUUCAAGAUCCUGAAGGAUGUGGAGGAGAGGGAGUCCGCCUCUGUGUCUGGCUGCACGGUACCAUCCACACCCACUGAGGGAGUCCAGGAGGGGGUCGAGGAGGAGGAGGACGCAAGCCCCCCCAGGGUAUCGCACACACCCCCUCUGGAUGAGGACGGGGACCUGGACGUGGUCAGAAGGAGACCCUUGGAGGCCUCCCCAGGGAGGGAGAGUGAGAGUCGGACGGGAAGGGGCCGGGGCAGGGAGGCAACCUGCCCCAUCAUUAUCAUACAGGCAUCGGGCGAUGCAGAGGAAGGCUGUGGGGAAGAGGAGGACGAGGAUGCUGAUGAGGAGGAUGUGCCGCGCCCGGACAUCAUCAGAAUAGAGCACACAAUGGCUACCCCACUGGAGGAUGUUGGCAAGCAGAUCUGGCGGGGAGCGUUCCUGCUGGCUGAUUUCAUCCUCUCCCGACAAGCUGACUUUGCCGGAGCCACAGUGCUGGAGCUCGGUGCUGGCACCGGAAUCACCAGCGUUGUUGCGGCAACGGCAGCCAGAACGGUGUAUUGCACAGAUGUUGGAGAAGACUUGCUGAAUAUGUGUCAAAGAAACAUCACAUUAAAUCAGCAUCUCACAGAAGGCAAGGAGAACCAGGUGAGAGUCAGGCAGCUGGACUGGACAGCCAGUGAUCUCUGCACAGACCCUGAGGAGCCCUUUGCCUGGACGGAGGACGAGGUGGCCCACCUGCACGAUGAAACAUCCCUAAUCAUCGCCGCAGACGUGUGCUAUGAUGACGACUUGACUGACGCACUCUUCAGGACACUGUACAGGAUUACCAGCAGUCUACGGAAGCCCAGCAGGGUCUAUCUCUCCAUUGAGAAAAGGUUGAACUUCACACUGCGGCACAUGGAGGUGACAUGCGAGGCCUACGAUCACUUCCGCCACUGCCUGGAUGAGCUGUCCAACAUGGAGGACGGCAGGAUACAGUACGAGGUCGAGCGGGUCCCCAGCCAGUCCAUCCCCCAGUUCUUCCAGUACGAAAGGGUCCAGUAUCUGGAAUUGUGGAGGGUGACUGCCAUUCAGAAAUGACAUCUGUGACCUCCGCUGACAACUGUGACAUGGCAUUCUCUCGUGUCAUCCAAUGCAAAUGGCUCAUCUUGCUGUGAGGUGCAUUUGAACUGAGUCAUUUGAAUACUAUUUGAAGGGCAGAAGAACACAACACACGAUUGCAGAUUCCCUUCACAGCAGUCAAUUGCAGGUGUUUGACUGUCUUCUCCUAACCCCUCUCUGCAAUCAGUGAUUCACAGAGAAACAGAGAAAAACUUGCUACAAAUGUGAUCCAACCAGGUCUGAAGACGCGUUGAACUCUCAAGGCGGGCAGAUGGGCUGCUCAGUGAGGUCCCUGUGUGUUGUCCACCUCACCCCAGUCCAUUUGAAUGUUUUUCAUGCUACCGCAGGAUUUCUGGUCUGCUGGUUCCUGUUAGGCUGCCCAUAGCACUGAAUGAUUUAGCACUGCACUAGCAACUGCUACCCAAAUACAGCCGUAAAGUCGCCCUUGUAAUUGUGGAUAAUAGGGUGGAUAUGUGGUCUCGUAUUUACUUCCUGGACCCAGGAUUUACACCAAAGAUUUUGAAUAUGGUUCAAAGUAAAGGAGGGUCCCGAGGCAACUCUGCUGUUGAGGUUUUAUUUUUGCCACACGCACCGACGCUUUUUGACUCGUACAGGAGUGUUUUUCUUGAAAAAGACUCCUGCGUGAGUCGAAGCGCAUCAGUGUCUUGAAAAAGACUCCUGCUCGACUCGCAAUGCGUCGGUGCGU